AAUUCAAUGGGAAAAUCUUCCAAACAUAGGAACAAAUCAAUAUCACGAUCUAGAUCCAGAUCCAGAUCUUAUUCCAAACGUAAGGAUAAAAAAUGUAAGGAUGAACGCAAAGAAAGAAAAAGAUCAAGAUCUACUGAUAAAGAAAAAAAAUCGAAAAAGUUAAAUACUUCUAAAGAUGAAAUCCAAUACAUUAAUAAGUUAGAAAGCAACAAAUAUUCUCCUGUUAAAAAAGAAAAAACAAGUAGAAUAAAAGAAAAAAAUUAUUAUUCUAAUAAAGGCAAAAAAAUUGAAAUAUUAGAUAAAUCAACUAGCAGUGAAAACUCUCAUAAAUUGCAAGAAAAUAAAAAAAGGAGUAAAGACUAUUCUGAAAAAAAAGGUAAGUUUUCAGAUAUAAAACCUCAAAAAUAUAAUCAUACCGAUAUUAAAGAGAAAAGAGAAAUUAAGGAUAAAAAAGUUGAUAAAUCUCACAUAGACAAAAAGAAAAUAUUUGAUAUAGCAAAAAUCCAAGAGCAAGACAAAAGAAAUAUAAAAGAGAUGGCUAAAAAUAGUAGUGAAAGAAAAACUAAUAAACAUGACAUAUCAAAAAUGAAUAUUAAAAUUAAUGCUGAUGAACUUGAUAACUGUAUUGGUAAAUUUUCAAAGCCUAUUGAUCAUAAUGAUAAAAAAGAAAAAGAUCCUUCCAAAUUGCUUCAAUCAACUCUGCGUAAUGAAUCUAUAACACAAUUUACAAAAUUUUGUCAAAAUUUAUCUGUUGAUGAAAAAAGUUCAUAUGAAUGUAAGAUUAAUCAUCCUUAUUCAGAGCCAGUUAGGAAAAUUAUAUCAACUUCACAGAUUACAUCUAUAGAUGUUGAAAAAUCUUCUUAUUCAUCCAUACCUGCCUUAGAAUAUAAAUCUUCAAUUUUGACCCAAAUUAGCACACCAUCAACAGUCCCUCUUCUGUCAAGUCAGUUACUAACAACCAAUUUGUUAUCGUUGCUACCCAAUCAAUCGGAUCCUAUUAUAAAGCAAAAAAUAUUUCCAAUAUCUUCUGGAAAAUCCCAUUAUCCUAGUGCUGAUAGCCAGAAUAUACAAAAUUAUAUUUUAGAAAGAAGCCAAAUUGUGAAAUCACUGACAGUAAAUCCUUCUGAUGAAAUUGGAGCACAAAAAAUGAAGGAAAUAGACACUAAAAUAGCCGAAUGGCAUACUAAAGUGACCACGAAUCCUGAAAAACCUUUGGAGAAAAAAUCGCAAAAUCCUAACGAUGCUUAUGUUCCUGAUUUGCCCACGGAUUAUUUAAUGCGAGACCAUAACUAUAAGCCUAGUAACGUGGCCUUGAAACUGAUGAAUAAGAUGGGUUGGAAACCAGGCAAAACCUUGGGUAGGAUGGAAAGAGACAUCGACGAUAGUGACUCCAUCAAAUUGGAACUCAAAUACGAUAGGAUUGGUUUAAGAUCUUUAUCAGAAUUCGCCAAAGAUGAGCGAUUCCAAGCAUCUCUAGUUAAACAUCCUGUGUCGGCUCUUAAUGAAAUUUGUCAAAAAAUGAAAUGGUCAGACCCCGAAUUCAGCGAUUUAUCUUACAACCCAUUUUUGAUGCAGGUAAUUGUCAAAGGCCGAAAAUAUGUGCCACCCGCUCCUAGUGAAAGUAAAAAAGUUGCUAGAAUGGAAGCAGCCAAAUUUGCCCUGAUACAAAUGGGUUUCUUGUCUGAUUCCUCUAUUCUUCUUCAUAAUAACAUUUUGAACAAUCACGAACAGUUUUGCAAUGUAAAUGCCUCGGGAUUGCUUCCUAAUUACAACUAUUUUUUCAAUCCCAAUAUCAUGAUGAAUAACGUUUAUAUGAUGAACAGUAUGAUGAAUAAUAUGACCAAUAUACAAAACAAUGUAAUGAUGAAUAAUAUGACCAAUAUACAAAACAAUGUAAUGAUGAAUAAUAUGACCAAUAUACAAAACAACGUUAUGAUAAAUAAUUUUAGCAAUAUGAACAAUAAUCUUACCAACGUGAGCAAUAUAAAAUCGAAUAUAAAUGAUAUGACCAACAUAAGCGGGGUCCAUAUGAAUAGUGUAAAUAACACUUUAAAUAUGACUAAUAAUACGAAUAGCUUGAAUGAUAUGAUGAACAACAAUCGCUAUAAUAUGAUGGCCAAUAUGAAUAACACUAACUGUAUGGACAAUUUGAAUCCUAAGAACAAUUUAAUCAUGCACAGUAUGAACAAUUAUGAUACAAAUUUAAGCAAUCCUAAUCUUAUGUUUAAUAUGAACAUGAAUACUUUAAGCAAUACAAAUCAAGUUAGCAAUAAUAAUGGUUUUAAAGAUCACCACAACAAUAACCCUAACUUUUUAAAAAAGGUGCGUAACAUUUAUAAUACCCCUAAUAAUACUAUGUCCUUGCUUUCCAACCCGCGAACAUCCACAGAUUAUAUAGUCAAUUCGGGUUCGAAACCUUUAUUCAAAAACUUACCUAGCUCAAAUAUACCAUCACUCAUGGAUAUCUCUCUUCCAUCUCCUCUUAUGAUGGAUAAAAAGUUUUCUUCAACAUUGUCAUGUCCACCUAUCCUUAAAAAUGAACCAGGUACUUCCUUGUUACCUCUACCUGCUCCUGUUGCCAAUAAUAUUGUUUCCAACAACAGGCCUUUAAUUCAAAAUCCCUCUCUACAUAACGAUCAAACAAAAAAGUUUAAGAGUAAUCCUUCGAUAGAUUGGCAGAAUUAUUCUAUGAUUUCCCCAUUUAUUACUAGUUUUAAGCCCAAUUUGGUUUUGGGAAGCUUUAAUAAUGCAAAUUUUCAGACUUCAAAUCCUGCUACCCUAAAUACAUCUCUCAUUAAUCAAUCUUAUAAUAUAAAUUCGGUUCAAAAUCCUUAUUAUAAUGAUCAGUCUUACUUAUGAAGAAGCAUUUAAUUGAAUAUUUGUUAAGAUGUUUGUUUUAUUACGUAUGAGAAUUCUUAUUGAUCAUUAUAAUAUUAUUGCAUACAAUAUUAUUUUAUUUAAGAUGAAAUGAGAAUGAAAUAAAUUAGAACAUUAUUUAUGAAUUUGCUAAUUAACUAAUUGGAUGACAAUUUUU